AUGGCAAUGGAAGUUACUCAGGUGCUUUUGAAUGCUCAAUCAAUUGAUGGGAAUGUGCGGAAGCAUGCCGAGGACACUUUGCGACAAUUUCAAGAGCAAAACCUUCCUGGAUUCUUGGUCUCUUUGUCUGGAGAGUUAGCAAGUGAAGAUAAACCGGUUGAUAGCCGAAAGUUGGCAGGUUUGAUACUUAAAAAUGCUUUGGAUGCCAAGGAUGAAAGCAGAAAGCAGGAAUUGGUCCAAAGAUGGUUGUCGCUGGACCCUGUGGCGAAAACUCAAGUUAAAUCAUGCCUGCUGCAAACACUCUCUUCUCUUGCCCUUGAUGCUCGGUCUACAGCUACUCAAGUUAUUGCUAAAGUUGCUGGAAUUGAGCUUCCUCAGAAACAGUGGCCUGAGCUGAUUGGAUCACUUUUAUCAAAUAUUCAUCAAGUACCUACUCAUGUGAAGCAAGCGACUUUGGAGACUCUAGGGUAUUUGUGCGAGGAAGUAUCUCCUCAUAUUGUUGAUCAGGACCAAGUAAAUAAAAUACUUACUGCUGUAGUUCAAGGUAUGAAUGCUUCUGAAGGGAAUAAUGAUGUUAGGCUUGCUGCUACAAGGGCAUUAUAUAAUGCUCUUGGAUUUGCCCAGGCUAAUUUUGGCAAUGAUAUGGAGCGUGAUUAUAUAAUGAGAGUUGUUUGUGAGACAACUAUGUCCCCUGAAGUGAAAAUACGUCAAGCAGCCUUUGAAUGUUUGGUCUCUAUUGCUGCCAUGUAUUAUGAGAAAUUGGCUCCUUACAUCCAGGAUAUAUAUAACAUCACAGCAAAGGCUGUUAGGAGUGAUGAGGAGCCUGUUGCUCUUCAAGCCAUUGAAUUUUGGAGUACAAUUUGUGAUGAGGAGACUGAUAUCUUGGAAGAAUAUAUGGGUGAUUCCAAUGGUGACUCUGAUAUACGUUGUUUUUAUUUUAUAAAGCAAGCUCUUCCGGCACUUAUCCCUCUGUUGUUGGAAACAUUACUCAAACAAGAAGAAGAUCAGGAUCUGGACGAAGGUGCAUGGAAUAUUGCAAUGGCAGGUGGUACGUGCCUUGGUUUAGUUGCUCGUACAGUUGGAGAUGAUAUUGUGCCAUUGGUAAUGCCGUUCAUUGAGGAGAAUAUUACAAAACCAGAUUGGAGGCAAAGGGAGGCAGCCUCUUAUGCCUUUGGAUCUAUCUUGGAGGGGCCUUCCCCUGACAAAUUAGCUCCUCUUGUCAACCAUGCGUUACCUUUUAUGCUCAGUGCUUUAGUGAAGGACCCAAACAACCAUGUGAAAGACACCACUGCUUGGACUUUGGGACGAAUGUUUGAAUUUCUUCACAGUUCAAUUGUUGGUACACCAAUUAUUAAUGAGGGAAACUGCCAACAGAUUAUUACAGUUCUCCUUCAGAGCAUGAAGGAUGUUCCCAAUGUUGCUGAAAAGGCCUGUGGUGCUCUGUAUUUUCUUGCCCAGGGUUAUGAGGAUUUUGGACCAACAUCUCCUCUAACUCCCUUUUUUCAGGAAAUCAUUCAAUCCCUUCUAACUGUUACCCACAGAGAGGAUGCUACAGAAUCACGAUUGAGAACUUCGGCAUAUGAAACAUUGAACGAAGUGGUAAGGUGUUCAACUGAUGAAACAGCUCCUUUGGUGUUGCAAUUAGUUUCUGCCAUCAUGAUGGAGCUGCACAAAUGUCUUGAAGCACAAAAUCUUUCAUCUGAGGAAAGAGAAAAGCGGAGUGAAUUGAUAGGUCUUCUCUGUGGGUGCAUGCAAGUAAUUAUUCAGAAGUUAGGGUCUUUAGAAGGUACCAAAUAUGUCUUCUUGCAGAUUUCUGAUCAGAUAAUGCAACUAUUCUUCAGGGUCUUUUCUUGUAGAAAUGCCACUGCACAUGAGGAGGCAAUGCUAGCCAUUGGAGCCCUUGCCUAUGCGAUAGGCCCUGAUUUUGCCAAGUACAUGCCAGAGUUUUACAAGUUUCUCGAGAUGGACCUUCAGAACUUUGAGGAGUACCAAGUUUGUGCUGUCACUGUUGGUGUGGUAGGGGACAUAUGCAGGGCAUUGGAGGAUAAAAUACUACCUUAUUGCGAUGGGAUUAUGACGCAACUUCUCAAAAAUUUGUCAAGUGAUAAUUUGCACCGUUCUGUGAAGCCCCCGCUAUUCUCAUGCAUUGGUGAUAUAGCACUUGCAAUAGGAGAUAACUUUAAUAAAUACUUAAUGUAUGCGAUGAACACACUGCAACUUGCUGCAGAGAUGUAUGCCCACACAUCAGGUUUUGAUGAUGAAAUGACUGAGUACGUUAAUUCUUUGAGAAAUGGGAUAUUAGAGGCUUAUUCUGGCAUUUUUCAAGGGUUUAAGAAUUCAUCAAAAACCCAACUUUUGAUUCCUUAUGCGCCUCACAUACUUCAGUUUUUGGAUAGCAUAUACAUGGAAAAAGACAUGGACGAAGUAGUCAUGAAAACAGCAAUUGGAGUCCUUGGAGAUCUAGCUGAUACACUUGGAAGCAAUGCUGGUUCUUUAAUACAGCAAUCUUUGUCAAGUAGAGACUUUCUGAAUGAAUGUUUGACCUCAGAAGAUAAUUUGAUUAAGGAAUCUGCUGAGUGGGCCAAGUUGGCUAUCACUCGAGCUAUAUCUGUCUGA